UAACCUCGUCAUUGCCCUUGGCUCUGAGAAUUCCUAUAAAAGCUGAGGUGAUGCUCUUUUAAUGCCAGUGCAUCGACGAACUUCAGUGGAUUCGUGUCGUGACUGUUAUUUAUUUAUAAAUAUCCUUCAACAAUUUUCAAUUGCAGAAUGGAAAAAACUGGAUUCACAUACGCAUUAAUUGGUGUUUUCCUGAUGUUUGUGGCAUUUUCCGCGGAUGCGCGACCUCAGUUUCAGAAUGAUUUAGUGGAAGUCGAUGGAUUUGUAUUUGACGGACCGGUGGAAAGAUCGAAUAAAUUUCCCAAUAAUAAUCGCCGGACAUUUCCCGAUUUUCCACCGCCAAAUCCAAAUCCAGAGAUCACUGGGACCACGACAACCACUCCAUCUCCAGACAUGACUAGAUGUCUGCAGAAUUGUCCGGUAACUGCACAAUACAAUCCACAUGAACACAUCCUAGAGUAA